AUGAAAUUAUCGCUAAUAUUUGCGUUGGCAUUCAUUGUCUAUAGGGUUGGGGCAGACCUGCCGUCGGCCGCGAAGAAACGGUGCGAAGAGUACACAUCGAUCUUCGAGAACGACACGAUUGAACUGCAAUACGCUUACUGUGAGGACAUCGGCGACGGCCGGGGAUAC